AAUGUGAGCGUGAGAGUGUGAAAGGCAGAGAAGGGGGCCGGGGGAACAGCCGGGACACUAAAACACCAGAGAAAGAGAGGCUGCAGAUUUCAUGAGCUAAGGACAAAUUUAAAAAAUAGACUGGUAAAGGGAAUCGAGUGAUGACGAAGAGCAGGAAAAUGUGAUGAUGUGAGAGUUCAGACGGUGCUGGGAACUUUCAUCAGAGGAUUUGUAAGGCUGAGGAGGAAGUGAGGACGUGCAUAUAAGAUAACUGCACCAACUCCCCAACACGGUUCACUCAUUCAUCUGCCACCAUGGGAGACAUCAUGGACCUACCCUGGAUUCUUCAUGUGCUUUUGCUACUCUGUUCCCUUAACUCUGUGGUUUGGGCGUGUCCAGAAGGAUGCAAAUGUGAAGGACCCAAAAUCUUCUGCAAUGGCCUCUCACACUUCCCCAGCACAGUGCCCUCAUCAACUGCAGCUCUGUAUUUCUCCAACUGCAGCAUCUCCUCCCUGAAGCCAGAGGACCUGGCUGAUUUCUCUAACGCCCUCAGCUUCUUUGUGGUCAAAGACACUGGUCUCAGAGAAGUGCGCCCUGGCACACUUGAUGCCACUCAAAACUUAGGCGCCUUAGGGUUUACUGGCACUGAGCUGCAAGAUCUCCCUGAUGCUGUGUUCACAAACCUUCAGAAGCUUGAGUCCCUGACUCUGAAGAGCAACAAACUCCUGGUUCUCCGGCCUAACUGGUUUUCAUCGCUGCUUGGUCUGAAACUCCUCGACCUCAGUAAAAACCAGUUCACUUCUGUACCUGUGGAAACUUUUCACUCUCUCACUGAGCUGCACUACCUAUUACUAUCUGGAAACAGUAUCAGCCAACUAUCUGGAGAGACAUUUAAGGGUCUUUCCAAACUGCAAAAACUGCGCAUCAAUAGAAACUCACUACAGGAGCUCCCCAUUGGCAUUUUGGAUGAUCUUGGAAACCUAGAGGAACUAUCACUAAAUGACAACCAGAUCACUCAUCUCCACCCGGACCUGUUCUCCAAGACUCUGAGACUGCAGAAGCUGUACCUCUCCAACAACAGACUCACAGCUCUCCCACAAGGGAUCUUCUUAAACUUGCCCUUCCUUUCCCAGAUCUCCCUGUAUGAAAAUCAGAUUGAAAGUCUGAGACCCGGGGUGUUCGGGUCCAUGGCUCUGAGGGAGCUGUGGCUGUAUGACAACAAGCUGAGUCGCGUGGAAGACGACACAUUCAGGAACCUGACCCAACUGCGUCUCCUGGUGCUCAGUCGAAACCAGAUUAGCCACGUAUCCUCGGGCGCUUUUAGAGGGUUGGAACAGCUGGGGGAGGUCUCACUUCACACCAAUCUGCUCAAGAAACUCCAAGCUGGAACUUUCCAAGGUCUGCCCAGUCUGGUCAACAUUUCCUUAGAGCACAACUUUAUCAGCUCUCUCCCUUCAGGUUUCCUCCAGGGCCUGAGCCACCUGGGACAGAUAGACUUGAAAAAUAACUCCCUUCCCAACCUGCCACAGGAGGGUCUGGAUGCCCUGAAUGUAGCACAGGAGGUACUCCUGCAGCAGAACCCCUGGAGGUGUGACAAAGAUAUCAUUCCACUUAGAAACUGGCUGAGACAGAAUCCAUCAAAAACCAACCAAACUCUGGUAGUUUGUGAAACACCUUUCAGUCUGAACGGUGAGAUCAUUUCCCUGCAAGCAGAUGAGAACUUGAUUUCACUUGGCUCAACUGAGGAGCCUGUGUUGACAUCAACAGAGAAGAGAAGGAAACCCCCCACACCUCCAACUCAACAAAGGACCCCCUCACCUGCUGUAAAAACCACCCCCACCUCAGAGCAUGAGGAGGCCACAAGCAGCGGUGGUGGACGAGACAGGAGCGGUGUAGUUUCUCAUCACACGUCGCUCACCCUCAUCAUCAUCGCAGUCGUGUCUACUGUCAUUAUCAGCACAAUCAUCAUCUGCUGUUUGUGCUGGAGACGGAAUAAGAAAGGCAGAGGAGAUUUAGGCCGCAGAAAUAAAAACUCUGUGCUGUAGACUACACCACCCAACAUCAGCAAUCCAUGAACUUUUAAAGCCAAGAAGAUCUGAAAUGUGAACCGUAGAGUUGAUUUUAGAAAUUCAAAGGCAGCAGAAAUAACCACUUCAGCUCCAUUCAGACAUGCCUGCUAGAUAAAACAAGUACAGAUGAAAACUUAAGCUUUUGUUUGUACUGAAUAAAAUUACCAGCCAGUAUUCUUUUCAUGUGUGCUGUAACAACAGAAUGGAUAUCAAAUGUUCUAGCUGUAAAAAUAGCUGCCUCGCUAUCUUGCGAAGUGGUUAUGUUGUUGAAUGUAACCUCAGAUGCCUGAAACAGAGUUCUUCCCUUAAGGUUAUGAAGUUUGUAUUCAGUAUUUCCUCUGAUCUAUUUUCCAUUUUUGUAUGAAUAACUGCAGUUUGACAAUGGCUUUUAUUUUGCUAACAAUAACAGUUUGGAAACAGUUUAACACUGUUUUGCAAAAUUGCUUUCGCUGUAAAACCUGAAGUGACAUUUUAACUACAUACUAAAAUAAAAAUCAUCUUUUGGUUUCUUGAAUGCUGCUGUUAAUUGAAUAAAAUGACUGUUUUAGUUGGAGCAAUCUUA